AUGUCCACUGCUGAACUUGCUCAAGCCGCUCAACAGGCCCAUACCCUCACUCCCGGGUUCUUGGAGGAUGUUAGGGUGGCCACCUCCACGCUUUUGAACUUUUACAACCGUCACAGGGAAGGUCUUCUGGCCCACCAACGGACGGUGGAAGAGGAUGCAUACGGGAAAGCUGAACGAUUUGUACGUUUGCUCAUCGACAAGAAUAUGUGGUAUAACGCGGCCCAGUGGCUCAACCACCCUUGGAUUUUGGCGUACACGGAAAUGGCCCGAGCGGGACCAUCGGUUGAUUGGACCAAAAUGUUCUCGAUCCCACAACCCACCACCCCUACCUUCUUUAUGGAAGAAUUGGGCUUGGCUGUCAAUUAUAUGCAACAAAGCUUUACACCCCCACCUGUUGAGCGCACGUCCCGGCCAGAAGGUUCGCGUUCGGUAUCCCGUUCUCGGCAGGUCAGCCCACCAGAUCCCAAGGAGGUUCAUCUUGACACGGCGCUCUAUCAGAAGAAGAUUGACUUUAGGUCCUUGAGCCCCCCACCGAACUUCGACAUGCAGACGAUGCAGCAGGAGAUCAGAAGACUUGCUCAUGGCCAAGCCGACCUCCUGCAGAAACUCCGAGACCAACAAGCGCAAGUCAGCGUCAUGGAGUCGUCUACCCCUACUAUGCGAGAGUAUUCGGCAUUUGUGAUCAAGAUUUGGCUAGCCGUCCUCUGUCGGAGAAAAUUGCAAGUCUAG